AACAAUCACCACCUGAGGCAUAGGUAUAUAUAAAUAUUGAUAUGAAACAGUUAUCUAACCACUUCAGACUCAACAGCCUCGAUUAAAACACACCAGCAAAGGGAAAACUGAAAACCAUGAAGGUUUUUCUAAUUCUUGCAUUGGUUGUAUUCACAGGCUGCCAAGCCAGCCUGUUCAGUGCCGAUGAGCCUAAGCCACAACUGGAGAGGCUGACAGACCGUAUAAAGGAGGAAUUGAAUAAUGUGAAGUGUGCCCUAAAGCCCUACUUUGAAUAUGUGAUUACCGAUCCCAUUAAGAAGGGAGUAGACUACAUAAGAUCGUCUGUGGCUCCGCAUGCAGAGAGUUUAGAUUCUGAGACACUGAAGGACGCUCUGCUCGAGAAAAGUGAGGAGCUGAGAGAAGCCAUGGAGCAGCGCUUAAAGGAGAUUCAAGCUCAGCUGGAGCCUUUAACCGAAGAGUUUAAGGAAAAAAUGAAUCUCUACACCCGAGAGCUAAAGGCACAGCUCACCUCCUUUUAUGAUUUCUAUAUUAAGAGCAGCUAAAUAUGUGCUCCUCCAGACUACAGUCUCGUAAUCGUUUUAUGAGCAUCAAAGUGUGAUUUCACUAUUUUAAUCUUACUCAGUCUAUAUAUUUUUACAGAAUGUUCUUUACAUGAUGUAGAAUGAUUUUAAAUUUUGUAUAUCAUGAUUUUAUAUAGAAUGUAUUAAUAUUUUGAUUUUGAAAUCUAAGUUGUAUGCUGUUAACACCAUGUACGCAAGCUGGCCUAAAUUUUAAGUUUUCCUCUAAUGAUGUAUUGAUGGCCUAUCACACAAACCUUUAAAGGCAUAACUGAAUGUUUUAGUAGACAAUGUCUGUUUAAUUUUCCAUACAGUCUCCUUAGCCAUAAAACUGUUUUAUUUAAAUAUAAAAAAACGUUGUAUUUAUUCCUGAAAAAAAGACUAAUUUUUCAUGUUUUUUUCCAUUUGCAACUAGGAGACACUUCAUUUAUCAUUUGUUAACGCAAAGUUUUUUGUUAAAUAAUAGAAAAAUGUGCAUAUAGAUAAUUGAAUAAAUUCAAUAAAUGCAGAAGAAUACACGUCUUCGUACCAUACUCAACAAAAAAAGUAAACCGUACUAAACACUGUAAAGGCCAUGUCCUUAAGAGUUUUAUGAAUACAUUAUACAUGUAUAAUUAAAGUAGUACAACAUGCUGCCCUCA